GAAGGCGUGAGUGUCAUCCCUUGUGACGUAGCACUUCGAAAAUUUUGAGGCAUCGUGGUCUWGUGCAAACGGUUCGUCUAAACCUUGAGGAAUUUUACAGCUACAGUCAUGAGCUCAGGAAUUGAAGUGGAUUCACUUUGCAUGGACAUCUUUGAAGAAAUGAAGAUCACAAAAAAAGAUAGACSCCAAACCAGAAAGAUGGCACUUUUUAGGAUUAGCAAGGACUGUACAAAAGUYGUAUCUGAUGAUUCUCCCAUUGAAGGACUAGAGCAAUCACGUCAACCAKCUGAUGAUGYGGCAAUGUUUGACAAGUUGAAAGAAAUACUGAAUAAUACUAAAGAUGGAAAGGGUAGCCACAUCCCAAUGUAUGUGUUGUUUGACUUUAUAUUUAACUCAUCUACAGGAAGUCAUAAAGAAAAGUUGGCUUUUAUUGCAUGGUGCCCAGAUACCUCAGGAAUUAAAGCCAAAAUGAUAUUUGCCUCCACCAAAGACGCAGUGAUUAAGAAGUUUGAUGGAGUCGCCUGCACAUUUCAGAUUUCUGAUGUGGAUGACUUGAACUAUGAAGACAUGAAAAAGAAGGUUGAAAAGGCAAAGUAAUGGAUAGAUGAACUGUCAAUUGAGUGCUUGUCAUAUAUCUGUCAGAUUAACUCUUUACUUAUUUUGUUUUAUUUUUGAGUCAUUAACAAGCUGAAAAUUCAACUAACAUAGACAUAAGCACCACAAAGGAACCUAAAGAUAUAUUGCCAUAAUUGUAGUUUGCACUGUUCUGCUCUAGUAAUAUGACAACUAGUUUUAACUAAGUAGGACAUUAAACAAUGCACAUUGAGGUAUAUAUUAUAGGUAUAUGGCAUGCACUCUAGCUAGUUUGGCUGCUAUACCAACAAUCAUUGGCAAACUUUUGAUAUUUGAUAAUUGUAGAACUCAUUUGAGAAAAGUUUUCAUGUAACUGAAAUAAAAGUGAAUGGAAUUCA